AUGGACGAUCAGCUACUCGUUGAUUUUUUAUUGCAGGACGAUCUUUCAAUUCCGGACUUUGAAUCAGACUCCAAGUGGUUAAGCCCACAGAUAACUUUUGGCUCUGGUAGAUCUAAAAGAAGAAGAUUUCGCAGUAAAAGCAAGAAAGGCCCUACCUUCGAUCAGAACACCUUAUGGGGGGAAUCUAUUGAUGAGAUCAUUGAACUGAUAUGUCGAUUGCCGUCUACAUGGGAACCCUCCCGAAAUGUUUCUGAUGCUGUAACGAUCGAAUCGCAGGCGAAACCAAAGCGAGAGAAGAAGACCGAAAAGAAGAAUAAUGCGAAACCUGAAAGUGUUCCUGAUAUUUCUCUAAUACAAUGCGAGCAGUUGAACCUAGGAAGUAAUAGGAAGCUGUCCAGAAAGGAACGCCAGAAGUUACGGAAGAAGGCGCUCAAUCACAAGGAAUCUAAUAUACAAUACACGUCUGAUGAAGAACAACAAUUCCGAGCGAAAAGGCAUUCAUCUAGGAAAUCUUCUCACAAGCAAGUUGUUUUGGAAAGCUAUACCACUUUCCCAAAGCUUAAUCGAAAACAACGCCUAAAGUCUACAAAAGGCCCAGAGACCAUUACAAAUUCAGCCCAGCAACAGGCGAAUGGAAAAGAAGAGCAUCCAAAUCUCAAGAAAAAGGCAAAGAAAAGGAAUAAAGAAAAGGCUAAGAAAAAGAAUGAAACCCCUCAAUUAGAGGCUCAGGCUUGA